UUGCAAUUUGCCAAUUUGGGACAACUCUAAAGUCUUUAGAAAAAGCUUAUUCCUUUACCUUCGUCUAUCCCCAAACUCAAAUUGCUUGAGGCAAAUAUAUUCUGAGCACAAAAGUUGUGCCUAUCCUUACGUUGUGUUGUGUGUAGUUGCUGCAGAUGGAGAAGGCGAGAAACGUGGUGGUGUCGGCGCUACAGUUUGCCUGUACCGAUGAUGUCUCAACCAAUGUCGCCACCGCCGAGAGGCUAGUUAGAGCUGCUCAUAAACAGGGUUCAAACAUUGUUCUCAUUCAGGAACUCUUUGAAGGUUAUUACUUCUGUCAGGCACAAAGAGAGGAUUUCAUUCAAAGAGCUAAGCCAUAUAAGGGCCAUCCUACAAUUUUGAGGAUGCAGAAACUUGCAAAAGAGUUAGGUGUAGUCAUACCAGUUAGCUUCUUUGAGGAGGCAAACAAUGCCCAUUACAAUUCAAUAGCCAUAAUCGAUGCUGAUGGGACUGAUCUUGGGAUUUACAGAAAAUCCCAUAUUCCAGAUGGACCAGGAUAUGAGGAAAAAUUCUAUUUUAAUCCAGGGGACACUGGAUUUAAGGUUUUCCAGACUAAAUUUGCAAAGAUUGGAGUUGCUAUUUGCUGGGAUCAAUGGUUUCCUGAGGCAGCCCGAGCAAUGGUGCUUCAAGGUGCUGAGAUUUUACUUUAUCCUACUGCAAUUGGGACUGAACCUCAUGAUGAAAGCGUUGACUCUCGUGACCAUUGGAAACGAGUAAUGCAAGGACAUGCUGGGGCCAAUUUGGUGCCUGUUGUGGCUUCAAAUAGAAUAGGAAAGGAGAUAAUUGAGACUGAGCAUGGAAAGAGUGAGAUAACAUUUUAUGGAAACUCCUUUAUAGCAGGACCUACUGGAGAAAUUGUUUCAGUUGCUGAUGAUAAAGAUGAAGCUGUUCUUAUUGCUCAAUUUGAUUUGGACAAAAUCAAAUCCAUGAGACAUUGUUGGGGAGUUUUCCGUGAUCGGCGUCCAGAUUUAUAUAAGGUGCUUCUAACAUUAGAUGGCAACAAUCCCGUCCCAUGAUUGAUAAGCAUUUUACUUUGUAACUGUUUUAGAAUCAUGCCAAGGAUGCUCUAAGGCUUUUACAGACUACCAGAACAUUUAUCACUCACCAAGGAGGCAAGAACAAAGGGAGAACACAAAAUAUCAUUUGCUGAUUUCAAUGUAAUUUAAUAAUGUGGAAUUAAAGAUCAAUCAGCGAAGUGAUUUGAUCUUUUGUACUACACUUUCAAGAUAAAUUAUUCAUUUGAAUCACUUCACACUAUGAUUGAACAUAAUGUUUCAUU